CGCAGUGUGGAAUCCAGUGCCGAUAGGGACAAUGAAUAAGAGCAUAGAACACAGUGGAGUGCUGAGAUACAACUGAAUUUGCAACGAAAGAGGUUGCAUGGGCACAGAAGCUCAGUCCCGGAGACAAAUCCACUGCAAACGCCGUUUUUUCAGCACCUCAGGCUGUCGUCAAUAAUUGCCCACUUGGAGAUUUCUAAUAUCAUUCGAUGGCAUUUUACAAUUUUAGAUGACAAAUCGAGAAGGAGACCGAUUCUUGUGGAAGGAGAGAGAGAGAGAGAGAAUGUCUGUCUUAGUCUCCAAAUACGUUCCGCAUGGACUGUGUUCCGGCCGAGCGAGAAGGAGCGUCAAAGAAGCAUCAGCCUCGAAAGACGUAAAGCUGAGUUUGACGUGCAACAACUUCGACUGAAAUCGGCUGAUUGAUUCUAUCCCUGUUCUGUAGAAUCAAUUCGCGCCCGGCCUGUCAAGUACAGUCUCCUGUGGCUAAUGUAUCAUUGACUUGGCCGCUGAUUAGAAAUGCCUGCCGCCAGCCUCAGCUAAAGUGAGUAGCAUAACACGAAUGAAGAUUAUGUGGCUCGACUCUUAUUUUCACGUUACGAGUAUCACUAUACGUUCUAAGAGGCCUCUCUCUGAUAUUCUCUCAGCUUUACCUGAAAGGCACGACGCCAAACAAUUCCUAACUUGACUCUGGAUGCUCAUGCUCAUGCGCAAGUUUGAGGAGAGGACUAACUACUUCUUUCACGGUGACCCAUCUUCCCAUCGAUGUGAUCAAGUCUGCUGCAGCAUCUAGGACAUAGGAACCGACGAAUCACUGCUAAUAUGAAACGAUGAGAUUUGACAUGGUUUGCUAACGAUGGUAGCGAGGCUUGAAAACCUCGUCUCAUACAGGGACCUGCUGGAAGAAUUCUAUGGUCAAGGUGAAUGUCGUUGCUUGAUUUGCACUCUAUGCUGACAUAUUUAACAUGGGGCCAUCACAAAGAAGUCGUUCGUCAGAAAAUGGUCGAAUCAAUUUACAGGUCUGACAGCGGGAGGAGACAUGUGAUGCAUUACUAGAAGACGUCCUUCACUAUGGCUGCAAUGUGGACCGUGCCUUAGCAAAGGCUUUCAUGUAUGUGGUGGUCGAUUUCUGCUGGUUCCAGAAGAAUGGCAGCGUGGCAACAUUCAAUCAGGGACUUGGUUGACGGUUGGGCCUGCCACCAAAAUGAUCCCGAGCCCUAGCCGUAGUCACGAGGUGGAGUUGGCUUCAUGGCUGUGGCAGAUUAGGUGCAUGCAAAGAAUCACGAUUUUGGUUAAUAUUAUAAGUGGAAUCAGUACCGCUGCUCUGGAAGAGAACAGACCAAGCCUUGGAGCUGCCAAGGAUGUGGGAGGAGGGCACAAGCUGACAGUGGCGACCUCAGGUAAUACUGCGCUGGUAGAUCAGUUGUGUCCUUGGUAUCUGAAUUCUUUCGUAGGUGUGAACGUCAACGAUGCAGCUGCUCGACUAUUCAUCUAGAUAUCCGGAGUAAAUAGAUUGGAGUAUCGACCACGCCUUGAAAUACACUCAGAGAGUGUGAAUCAUCUUCAGACUAUGCACCAAAUCACUGUCUAUUAAUGGUAUAACUGGGGAGAUUGAGUUUCUCAUUUUGACGAGGCGAAGUAUGUGAGCUGCAAAUCAAUUCCACAAGCAACGUAACAGGAGCUUGCUUGGUGGAGCAAUCGUAACUUUUGUAGCAAAAAUAAUGAGUUCCAGAGUUUUUUCACUCUGUGAAGCAGACCAAGUCAAAUGAGGAAACUUGCUGCAGUGAUUUGUGAUUGCUGGUCUGCAGAGACGCUGACGGCCUGAUCUUCACAUUUCGCCAUUGGGACGGCUCACUCAUCCAAGAACUUAACACUGGGUGAUGGCAAAAUCGCCAUUACUUCAUGGAGAUGAUCUGCGUUAUAUGAACCAUCAUACCUGGAAACUCCUCACCAACAAGCUUAUGCUUUAUAUCAACGCCAACGGAGAGUUUGGUUAAUGCUUGCUUACGUGAAGAUGUCGUGAUUAUUUUGAGCUUUCUUAGUAACUGCACCGCAUGAUUGAAAAAUUGCAGCUGUUCACAACAGUUAGAAGCAGCUUUUAAUUCAUUCCUGUGAUUGCACAGCUAGUGCUUUCUCGCUUCAUCCGUGUGCAAGUCUCAUUUGCGGUUCAGAAUAUUGCGCUUGGUUUCCUUUUGCUUAUUUGUUUCUAAUGUCAU